AUGAUAACGUUGCUCGUUAAAACUUACUGCAUUCAAAUGGCAAACACCAUCUUCUCUUCCUUCAAUCUCAAUGAAUCUCCUGUUUCUUACAGCUCGCUCAAAGGGUAUGAAAACGAUGAAAUAGUCAGCCAAGGCAAAGAAGUUCCUUGGUUUGGAAUGAUAGGCUCUGGGAGGGUUGAAUUUUUAGGUUCUACAUAUGGUCUUGUUCAAGAGAAUAUGGCCGAGAGAAGAGUCCAUCAGUUUGAAGAUCAACGACAACAACCCGAUUCUGAUUUCCUGAUUCAAAAUGAUUUCCACCACUAUGGUUGGCCCCUGCCAGUUCAAACCAUUCAUGAAGCUACUACAAAGCAUGAGCAUGCCCAAAAUCUGAAUUCUGAGCUUCCUGAAUCGAUGAGGAAAAAUCCAUAUUCAUAUUCUUUAGCAUCAUCGUUUGAGCUCCUCGGUAGUUGCAGAAGUGAGUUCAAGAAGUCAGAAGGGGAGAGUUUAAGCAAUAUAUGCAACGAGAUUAAUCGGGAUAGGCAGAAAUUAUCCACUGAAGAAAUAAUAAGAGUAGUUGGAGAAAGGUACAUCCAAUUUUCCACCCAAAGGGUGGAUGGUCUCACCAUGUCUAUCCACCCCUAUGGUUCUCCUCUCUUAGGUCUCUCACUCGAAGAUGCCCGAGACGUGGGACUUGCCGAUCUUCUUCUUGAUGCAGCCGAGAAGGUAGGAACCCAGCAAUUCGAUCGUGCUAACGAGUUGCUUACUCGUUGUGAAUGGUUAGCAUCAGAUUCAGGUAAUCCAGUGCAGAGAAUAGUUUUCUAUUUCGGUGAAGCUCUAAGAGAGAGAAUUGAUAGAGAAAUAGGAAGAAUCAAUACUGAGAGAGCCAAAAAUGAACAAAUAAGAUACAAGAAGACUAUUUUAUUGGGUACUAACCCUUCGUUCUUGGCAUGCCACAAGGAACUUCCAUUCAAUCAAGUGGUACAAUUUGCAGGAAUUCAGGCAAUAACAGAAAGUGUGAGAAUGGCAAGGAAGGUCCAUUUAAUUGAUCUCAGCAUCAGGGGCGGAGUUCAGUGGACGACCUUAAUGCAAGCUCUUGCAGAGCAACAUAACUGCCCGAUUGAGCUCCUCAAGAUAACUGCUAUUGGAACGACAAAUAAAGUGAAGAUUGAGGAGACUGGUAAUAGAUUACUGAGUUUUGCUAAGUCUUUGAACUUGCCUCUGUCCUUCAAGGUAGUUUUUUUAUCAGACAUGAAAGAUCUAAAGGAAGAUAUGAUUGAUAUUGAAGCUGAUGAAACAGUGGCGGUUUACUUUCCAACAAUACUUAGGACAAUGAUCUCGACCCCUGAUAGCUUGGAAGAUAUAAUGGGAGUGAUCAGAAGGAUCAAGCCAUCAGUAAUGGUGGUCAUUGAAGUAGAAGCAAACCACAAUUCGCAUUCAUUUGUAAAUCGCUUCACCGAGGCACUUUUCUUUUACAGCGCAUACUUUGAUUGCUUGGAAGAAUGUGUGGAACGAGAUGAUAAGCAUAGAAUGACAACUGAAGGAAUUCAUCUCCGUGAUGGGAUCCAAGACACGGUUGCAAAGGAGGGCGAGGAGAGAUUUAAUCGAAAUGUGAAGAUGCACGUGUGGAGAGCAUUCUUUGCAAGGUUUGUGUGCGUGCAAGAUCCUGCACAAUACAAAUACUAG